AUGUCGAUAACUCCUGUACUUGCACUUGGAUUAGUUUCACAAUCCAUCUUCUUUGGUGGUAAUAUUGCUAUUUCUAGUAUAUUUAUUCCAAUCAUUCGCCAAAAACAAGUUCCGCCAAAGCUACAAGUUAAAAUGUGGGAAAAGAUGUAUGAUGAUGCCUCUAAAUUAAUGGCUGGAUCUGCAUUCGUUGGAUUUCUUUGUUAUAUGUACGAAGCAUACACAGCUAACCCUGGGACUGCCAUUAGACAAGCAGCAGUUGUAAGUGGAGUCUUAUCUAUCUCGGUUAUACCAUUUACCCUUGUAGCAAUAAUGGGAACAGUUAAGAAGCUUAAAAAUCUUUCAGGAAUGGAAAGUGAACAAGAGCUUAUACAUAAUAACUUCGGAGGCUUGAUUGACUAUUGGAAUAAGCUUAGUAUUGCAAGAGCUUUGGUUUUCUCUGCGGGUUUUGCAAACGCAUUAUUUUACCACAUUAGAAAUUGA